AUGUCCGUUUUAAAAUCCGGCUCGAAGGACCAAAAAGAAAACACAGAAAACCCGGCUCGGUCGCCGAACUUCGGUGGACUGUGGGAGUCAGCAGUCAAAUCGUUCAAGCUGCUGUUCAAACGGACGAUCGGCACGCGCACGCUUCUGUACGACGAGAUGGCAACGAUUUUGACCCAGGCGGAGGCAGUUUUGAAUUCCAGGCCGCUGACGCCGCUCAGUAAUGACCCGAACGAUUUCGAAGCGUUAACUCCCGGGCAUUUCCUCAUCCAGCGUCCCCUCACGGCCAUUCCGGAACCAGAUCUGGAUGGAAUUCCCCAAAAUUACCCGUUGCAGAGCAUCAAGUGGCGGAACGAUCCAAGUGAACCGCUUCGAACGUACGAGUUGACUACUGUCACGUACGGCACCUCGUCCGCUCCAUACCUGGCUACAAAAUGCCUACAGCGUCUCGCUGAAGACGGAAAAGCGUCACACCCCGUAGCGUCUGAAGUCAUCGAGAAAGACUUCUACGUGGACGACAUGCUCGCAGGAGUUGACACAGUUGACGAAGGUCGGCAGCUGGUGAAGGAAGUCAUCGAGCUGUCGGAUUCAGCGGGUUUCACGUUACGAAAAUGGAACUCCAACAGCGCGGAGCUUCUCGAAGUCGUCCCGGAGAACUUGCGAAAUGAACGUUCCAUCCUCGCACUAGAUUCCGCCGAAACAGCGAUAAAAACCCUCGGUUUAGCGUGGGAACCAGCUACAGAUGUCUUCCGUUUUACCUUCCCCUCGUUCAACUGGACUGCGAUGAUCACGAAGCGCAUUGUAGUCUCCGACGUUUCGCGCCUGUUCGAUCCGCUAGGUCUGGUCGGACCUGUCAUCAUUCAGGCCAAGAUUUUCAUCCAGGAGCUGUGGAAGCAGAGUUGCGGCUGGGAUGACCCUCUGAGUCCCGAGUUACAGGAGCAAUGGCAGGAGUACAGACGCAAUUUAGCUGGAUUGGAAAACCUAACCGUUCCCCGCUGGGUAGGAACCGGCGGUCAUGCUACUGCCAUCGAGCUACAUGGCUUCUGUGAUGCGUCAAACAAGGCGUAUGGUGCUUGCUUCUACGUGCGAACCAUCUCCGAAACGGGGGAGGUGUGUGUGAGGUUGCUGACGGCGAAGUCACGAGUCGCCCCACUCGACAACCUGAAAAGGGGGAACAAGCGUCUCUCGACCCCACGGUUGGAGUUAUCGUCUGCGUUGCUGCUAGCCCACCUCUUCGAAAGGGUCGUGAGCAGCCUUGGCAUGCGUGCAAGGUGUUUCUUCUGGACGGACUCAACCAUCGUCAAGUGUUGGCUAUCGUCGUCGCCGUCAAGAUGGAAGCAGUUCGUCGCAAAUAGGGUUUCGGAGAUUCAGCACAUAACGAAGGACGGUGUCUGGAAUCACGUUGCUGGACUGCAGAAUCCGGCGGAUAUUAUUUCCCGCGGAAUGGCUCCCGCACAGUUGCAGUACGAAUCGCUCUGGUUCAGUGGGCCGUAUUGGCUGAGGUUGGACGAGCGCAACUGGCCAUCAGCCCCACCGAUCAGCGAAGACGAUUUCGAUCCGGUGGAUCUUGAAGUCAAGAGCGUCUCUGCAGCACUUCCGGUAAUCCAACCAAGCGACAUUUUCAGCCUCCGCUCAUCGUUCAGCGACCUCCAGCGCAUCACUGCCUGGAUGUUACGAUUCCGCUACAAUACGCAAUCGGCCAACCGAAGUACGCGACGACAAGGACCCCUCACGAAACUUGAGCUUGAGGAAGCGACCAAGGCGUUGGUUCGCCUCUGCCAGCAAGAAAGCUUUCCGCAGGAGUUGGCAGACCUGACGAGCGGCAGAGAAGUUAGAGAAUCGUCGAAGAUCCUAGCUCUAAACCCGCAACUCGAAGACGGAAUACUGUGCGUCGGCGGCCGGCUUCGUCACGCGUCAAUCACGAACCGCCGCAAGCAUCCGUACAUCCUCGAUCAUCGACAUCCGUUCGCUUACAUCGUCGUCGCGCACUACCAUCGAAAGUUGCUGCAUGGCGGACAACAACUGAUCAUUUCGACCGUCCGAGAACGUUUCUGGCCGACAAGCGUCCGGAAUCUCGUGCGGAAGGUGCUUCACGAGUGCGUGCCCUGCUUUCGAGUCAGGCCAAAGAUCCAGGAUCAGCUCAUGGCAGAUCUCCCACCGGAGAGAGUUACUCCUUGUCCACCAUUUCAGCGCGUAGGAGUCGAUUACUGCGGCCCGUUUCAAGUCGCUUACCCGCACCGACGUUCUCGGCCAGUGAAGAUCUUCGUUGCCGUCUACAUCUGCCUCGUUACCAAGGCUGUACACUUGGAGCUAGCGGCAGACUUGUCCGCUCAAGGUUUCAUUGCUACCUUGAAGCGCUUCUCCUCCCGGCGUGGUAAGCCGGAGAUAAUCAUGUGCGACAAUGGCAGAAACUUCGUUGGAGCGAGACGUCAACUAGACGAACUUCGUCGGCUGUUCAUCAAUCAGCAGUUCCAGUCGGACGUAGUCAGACAAGCCAACGAAGAGCAGAUAGAAUUCCGCUUCAUCCGGCUCGAAGGACCAAAAUGUUCGCGCCCGCCGCGGUUCACUUUCGGACACUUGAUAGAAAAACACGUAAUUAUCAACGGAAACACUAUUUAUUACGCGAACACCAACUGUUUUAUAUCGCUACCUACUCCUAUGUACUAUUACACAGCUGGUGCGAUCAACACGAUCGCCAGCUACAGGUAUAUAAAGAGCACACAAGAGCAGACCGAAUCCACGGAGAGAGGCAAGCUACCUAGGGAUGUGCAAGUAAACUAG